AUGGGCCUGCCUUUAUUCAUCACUCCUGUAGAGCCUGAGGUUGCUGCGAAGCCCGAAAAGGCCACAGCAGGUCCGCGAUCUUCAAUCCGCCGGCAACGUACGAUUCGAGGCCCUCACUCGCGCCCGUCAGCAGAGAUUCGAAGAAGACGGAUGCUUGGUAUGCUCGCUGAUGCAGAGCCCGAAGAUUUUGAACCAUCGGAAAACCGACAACGAGUUCCAACUUCUGACCGAACCGGCGAACUUGAUGGGCGCUCGAUGUUUGAACAAGAGCGCAUGAGAUUACGUGACACGCUCAGCUUUGAGCGUCAGCAUCGGCCCAGCAAUGAGAUCGAUGGCCUAUUCAUGCCUCCAGUCCCGGAAUCGCGUGAUUAUUCCGGCACUGAAGAAAGGCAGAGAGAGAUUCUGCGACUGAGGGCUAUACGACAAGAUCUGCGGAGAGUAGCCAGGAGACGUCCAGCCCCUACGCCGCCAUAUACGGACACAGAUCUCAACUUCAUGGCUCGCAAUGGCCCUGGAAUCGAUUCACCACGUCCCUCUUCACUAACACCUGCUCGAUCACCAUCCCAUCCUUCUGUUGGCGAGGCAGAUGUAUCACCACCCAGGCGCCCACUCGAGGACUCUGAUUUUAGUUUCACUGUGCGAGGUCCUCCAUAUGCCGAGCGAGCAGCACGAUCAACCCUCUCGGAACGAGUACAAGCAUUUAAUCGAGUGUCCAGCAAUAUGGAGCGGUCCAGGCGAAUUAUCCGCCAAGCGCGAUUAGAUGGACUUGGGGACAGAGAUCGAAGCCUUAGCCCUGAGAAUGGUGCCGCUUGGGAUACCCUCCUUACGAGCAUUACACCGGAUCCACAACCACCCAGCGCUGGGUCAUCAUUUGCAUCUGCCUCUGCAGCAGCCGCAGCAUCUUCAUCCGGAUCUGGACCAACCUCGGCGAGCACGUCUAUGACUAGUGUAGAUAGGAGUGGCGAUUCGACGGCCCUUCGUGAUUGUGAUAUAUCGGACUCUGGGUCGAAUACGGAUGAGGAAGACGAAGAUAUCUAUGAGCUCCAUGAUUUCAACCGAAUGCGAGGCGAUCGUUUUUGGACAUAUGCAGAUGUGGUCACUUCUAGAGCAGACCGCGCUGCACGAAAUGGCGGCACAGAUACAGAGCAUCUUGGUGGCAUGCAUCGCAUCAUAUCAAGAUUGGCUUCUAGAGACGAGAUACCAGAGGAAUGGUGGGCUUCUGCAGGACUAAGUCGCAACCUACGUCGAGAACCUACGACCUAA